GCUGUCAUAUGAGAAGCUGCACUGGAGCGAGAAUAUACUUCCUAUCAGUUGUACAUCUCUCUGUUCCGCGCUGUGGGCUGUUCUCUCGCAAGUGCGCCCGGACUGCCCCGCAACAUAUGCUACUGCAUGAGUAAAUCUCUGCAGGUUGCUUGCUGAGGAUAAUUAUUAUACAGUGACUCCAAUACAUGGACUGACUCAGUUAUUUUGGAGACUUCGGAAACAUAAGAGAAUUGGAGCCGGACGAGACGUAUGAGGAUAAAAUAGAGACGUAUAUUUUUAUGCAUGGGCAUUAUGUAUACUUUACCCGCGAAAUAAAUGAUGUUCUUAUUUUUUAGUGCUUUUCUCGUCAGUCCGUUGACAUAUUGGAAAAACACAUACAUUUCGAAGAAGUGACGGGGAUUCAGAAUGCGUACUCUGUUCUUAACAGUUCUACUCGGAGCGGUCGGAGCUCUAGCCAAUAAGGAGGCCUGUAGCUCAGGUAAGUUCACCACCACUGGGGAGUGCUGCAAGCAGUGCCAGCCCGGGGAGGGAGUCAUCAAGCCAUGUGGAGCAACACAGACUGUCUGUGCCCCAUGCCUCGACAGCGAGACGUUUGCGGAGAACUUAAGCCACACCGAGACGUGCCAGCCGUGCACCCGCUGCGUGGGCCUCCUCCGCAUGCAGACGCCCUGCACCGACUCCAACGAUGCCAUCUGUGUUUGCGACUACGGCUACUACCUCAACGAGCUGACCAACCAGUGUCAGAGCUGCACCAAGUGCCCUGAGGGCCAGGGCAUGCUGUACAGCUGUGAACACGACCGCGACACCGUGUGCGAGGAGUGCACCAGAGAUACGUACUCUGACCAAGAGAGUUCGCGGGAGCCCUGCCUGCCCUGCACCAUCUGCGACGAGGACGAAGAGCUGGAGAUCCAGGCCUGCAACUCCAUCAGUGACACCGUUUGCCAAGAUCUGAACCCGCCGCUCUUCUCCUCCAUCUCGCCCCCUCCCUCUGGGGGCUCGUCCCUGCCCUCGUUCACUGACGAUGACGCCCUUUUCCCCUACGGCCCCACGGAGACCGCCACCACCACCACCACUACCAGUACAAUCAAGUUCAUAGGCGACGAACUGAACAAGAACCUCAUCCCCAUCUACUGCUCCAUCUUGGCAGCCGUUGUGGUGGGCCUCGUAGCCUUCAUCAUCUUUAAGAGGUGGAACAGCUGUAAGCAGAACAAGCAGGGAGCCAACAACUGCACAGCAAAUCAGAACCAAACUCCUUCGCCAGAGGGGGAGAAGCUGCACAGCGACAGUGGCAUAUCGGUGGAUAGCCAAAGCCUACAGGAGCAGCAAGGCCAGGGGCAGACUCAGGCACAGACAGUGGUCACUGUGGAUGAGGAGCCUUGUCUGCUCCUUCCCCUCCACACGCGAGAGGAGGUUGAGAAACUCCUCUACAGGGGCGGAGAAGGGGAGGGCUACGACCACACGGAGGACAGAGAUUGGUGCAGCCUGGCAGGGCUGCUGGGAUACCAGGAAGAGCGCAUCGCCACAUUCCGGCAGCAGGAACAUCCAGUCCGUGCACUGCUCUCUGAUUGGGCCAGCCAGGAUUGCGCCAGCCUGGACACGCUCUGCACGGCACUGUGCAAGAUCAACCGCGAAGACAUCGCACAGAGCCUCGUGCUCAGCCCCAACACCGUCAAACCCACUGCCACAUCUGCAGUGUGACCAUUUAACCAUUACCGCCAAUGCUACGAAAAUCUCACUGCAACAUCACAGCCAAACCCCCCCCGCCACAGUCCAUCCAUACUGUGACUAUUUAACCGACUACACCAACCAUCUGAGCAAUUACACCAAUGCCAAACCAUUCAGAUCGGCAAACCAAAGUCUGAUCAUCCACACCUGAUGCCAAAACUACUGCUAUCGAUCCACCAAGACUCGGCCCCAGACCUAAAUCGAACAUUUCUGCGAGACUUCGGCAGCCACUGCAUCCCUUACCGCCUUUAUGGUCCUUCCUAAGCGUGCCGCAUCGUGUAAAACCUAUCGCUUCCAAUUCCACUUGUGAACCUAUGUCAAACUCUGUGGCUGGUGCACUUUCAAGAUACACAAACCCAUUAUGGUCAACUGUGGCCUUGUAACCAUACUACUGGAUGUUCCACUGUGUCUUCAGUGUGCCCAAAUUUGCUAGUCAAUCAAUGACUGUCGGUCACAGCUGAAUGGUGGUAAUUUUCAGCUGAGAUCAAGGACUGGAAAGAUAUAACGAGCUAGACUACAAAAGGUUAGCACUAAAUCCAAACCAAUUCUUAUGUGAAAAAAGCUAAUGACAUAUCAACCUGCAUCGUUGCCUCUAUUAUUUUCAACACAACACAAAUGGAGAAGCUCAAUUAUUUGAGCCGUUUCCUCCAUAAUAUUUUGUGAAAGGAAAUAUUAAGGAGAAAUAUCCCCUUUCAAACUUAAGUUAUCGUAUGCAUUAUUAUUAUUUCUUUAGACCUGACAUAAGAACAGUUCCCAGUAUCUAUAUAUCUACUGGAACAAAGUCAGAGUAGUGGACUGGCUGGCCUGUGCUGGCUAACAUGGUAGUCUGUGGAGCAGGCAACCUGACUCCAGCUUCUAUCUGGCCAGGCCCAUCUGCAUAACACUGGGGCUCUCACACUAGGCCUAUACUCUGACCUAGAUAGAAAAGGACUAGGAACUUAAAACUCACUCACACAUAUAGGCCUAUCUACACACACAAACAUCCAUGAAUGCACGCACACGCACACGCACACAAACACACACACACACACACAAAUGUAUAUCUACACACACUUACAUGCACAUGUACACAAACACACACACACACACGCACACGCACACACACAAAUGUAUAUCUACACACACUUACAUGCACACGUACACAAACACACAGAUGCAUGCAUGCCAGUAUCCACACACAUGUAUUCAUACACAUACUGUAUAAGAGAACAAACAAACAAAAAAGCCUGUGCUGUGUCAAUCAAGUGUUGUGUCAAUGAUAAGGGACAACAGGACCAAGGUCAUUGGACAUGAACCUACACCCUUUCAGGGACCACAUGCAGGACACCUUAUUGGACAUGAUGGACGUAGGCCAACUUGCAGUCAAAAAUAUUGCAGUCAUUCACACCACAACUGUCUUUCAAAACAUCUUGCUUGGAAUCUGUAUAAAUCAUGUAAUCCUUUCCUGUGAGGUCAUCCACUGCUGUGUUAGCAAGAGGAACAGCACGUACACACGAGCGAGUCAUAUAACCGAUACACAUCAUAUUCAAAAUACACAUACAAGUACUGUACAUAAAAUAACUUACGACUGAACAACUAGCCAUUAUUUCAGGCUAAGAUAUACAAAUCCAGGGUUAUCUAUUUCUGUAUAGUUUCUCAGGGUCUUUUGUGUGGCUUUAGUGAUUAGCUGGAUGUUUGUCUAAUGUUGUUUCCUUUUCCUAAUCAACGUUCAGACAACCUGGAUUAGUUGUGUAUAGGUUGAGGAAGGUGAGGGAGGCCUUGUGGAGGGAUUCAAUACUAGCUAGUGUUUCAGGAAAGGCCCUUUGUAGAACUUACUCAGGCAAUGAUAUCAGUGGUGUUCCAGGUUGUCUUUCUAUGCAGUCGCGCUGCUCGGAGGAUCAGAUCUCACAUUGCAUGGAAAAGUGUUUAAAUGUCUAAAGUAGCAGGGACCAUAUUCAUAUGAUAUCUAGUAGGGGACUGCCAAAAAGACGACCCGGUGGCCAUUGUGACUGACAAUCCUUCAGACAAAAGAAUAGGGAUGGACGCAGAUCAGAGGAAAAACAGGGGUGUCUAGUUUCCCCAUUGUUCACGACAACAACCUUCGAAUGAAAGGCUAGUGCUUAGAGAUUGGAGACGAGCAAUACGGGAGGACUUCCAACCACUGAGAGUUGAAAAGAUGAAAAGAAGCACGCCAAUUAGACCUUUUGGUAACAGUUACUUACAGCUGACGGGUACAAUG